AUGUCACAACCAUCAGUUCCCUCGUCGGGGAAAGAUGGCGGCCUACGCGUACCCAGCAAUGGAAAGACAAUCUAUCAUCGCCCUCUGAACCGCACAAAGACGGCUGAGAUCAGCCAAGCCAGCUUUGCCUAUCUCUUUGGAGAGAUGGUGACCUAUGCGCAACGGCGCGUCAAAGGCGUCCAGGAGCUGGAACAAAGGCUUAACGUCCAAGGCCAUGCGAUCGGCCUCAAGCUCCUCGACCUUCUCCUCCAUCGCGAACCGCCCCGCUCCCAACACCGUCCGACCAACAUCCUCGCCCUACUACACUUUAUCCGUACGUCACUCUGGACGCAUCUAUUCGCGCGGGCGGCAGACCGUCUCGAGAAGUCGGCAGACCCCGAGAACCCCGACGACUACAUGAUCAUCGACAACGAGCCCCUGGUGAACGCUUUCAUCAGCGUGCCCAAGGACAUGAGCAGCCUGAAUUGUGCGGCGUUUGUGGCUGGCAUCGUGGAAGGCGUCUGCGACGGUGCGGACUUUCCGGGCAAGGUGACGGCACACUCGGUACCCGAGGGGGAGAUGUGGCCGGGCAAGACGGUGUUCCUGAUCAAGUUUCGGAGCGAAGUGGUCGAGCGCGAGGCAUACUUGGGCAAGAGCUGA